UUACAUGCGCAGUCCUGCCGUGAAUCACUCAUCACCACGGCAACCGGCGUUCACACCGACAGUGCGGUCCUGUACCGAGCACGGACGACCGGAGGAGAGCACAGAGAACACGCCGGAUUCCUGACUACCACAGCCUGUAUGUAGCCUGUAAAUGGUCGCAGCAGUCUUCAAUGCAGCAAGUUCAGAUAGGCCUAUGCAUGAGCAGUGAAGACUGGAGAAGUUGAGAGGCUCAGGCAUUCACAGCUCGCUCUCAUUCGAAGCACAGUAUUUCUUCUCUUCACCCUCAGAAAUCUGCGUCUCCAGUUUAGCUGAAAAAAAUCUGCGUCUAAGUGUGACUAUGAGUUCAAUUCUUAACUCCUGCCAUGAUGCAUCUCGCAGCUCUCCUCUGCAGGGUGCAUGUGUUUGAGUGUGCGACAAGCUGGUCGUUGGUUAAUCACAGAUUAAAGAUGAUUCAGUGUUCCCACUCUCCACUCACACACUGCGGGGAGGAAAACAUGGUGGUCAGCACAGACGACCACUUCAGCGUGCAGACUGGAGAUCCUCUUACUGCACAGAAAGCCAAACCGUAUCUGCACAGAAUAAGAAAACACAUGAACUGGUUCUGAAUCAGAGCAGACAUCUUACUCUUUUUAAAACAUUUACGAGGAUCCUUGAUUUGAGCUGCAAAAGUACGGCGGUCACGUUUGGUUCCCCAGCACGCAGUGUGAGUCAGUCUGACCCUCAGCUGUCCGUCCCUGCUCUGCAGAUCUGUUCAGACACUUUCAGGCAGCCAUGGUGAAGCUGGGCAGCAAUCUGUCGGACAAGCUGGAGAAACAGCCGUCGGCGGACGAUGGCUUUGACAACGUUCCUCUCAUCACACCCUUGGAGGUCAACCGUCUCCAACAGUCGUUCGCAGACAAGGUCAUUGUGAAGACGUCAACACAUUAUCAGCUGCAGCAGCAGAAGAAGAAGAAGCUGUAUGUGCCGAGCAUCAAGAGGCUGAAUAUCAACUUCUACAGCGACGUUUCAGAUAAAGCAAAGAUCACAGGUCUGAUCCUCAUCACUUUGGCCUUCCUGACCAGCCUGCUCCUCCUCCUCAUGUACAAAGCCAUGUGGUACGACCAACUCACCUGCCCAGAGGGUUUCAUCCUGAAGCAGAAGCACUGCACGCCGGCCGCUCUGGAGAUGUACUACACUGAGCAGCAGCAGGAGCAGCAGGAGCCGGGCAUCAUCCACGGCAGCCCCAACACCGGGCUGUACGCCGCCCUCAGUCACCUCAACCAGAUGAAGAGGGCGGGGCCUGAGCUGCCUCCGCCGUGGUUACCUGUCAUCAGCGCUCUGAAGGAGGCCGAGGCGGGCAAACAAGGCAGCGAGGCAGUGAAGAGAGCACUGCAGGGAGAGGAGUGAAGGGCGGAUGGAUGUGCGGGUUUUAGAGGAGGGGACGUGUGUGUGUGUGUGUGUGUGUGUGUGUGUGUGUGUGUGUGUGUGUGUGUGUCUAUGUGUGUGUGUGUGUGUGUGUGUGUGUAUGUGUGUGUGUGUGUGUGUGUGGUAAAUCGUUGUGGUUGGAGGCAGGAAUGUUAUUAAAGUGUUGGUGAAUGUGCCUGACUUUUACAGUGUUGAUGAGACUAAACUCUGCCACCUUUACCACGUGUGUGUGUGUGUGUGUGUGUGUGUGUGUGUGUGUGUGUGUGUGUGUGUGUGCGCGUGCAUGUGUGUGUGUGUAAAUACUGCAGCCUGUUUAAGCCUUCAUACGUCUGAGCACCUGUACUGUUAUUUUGUCUUCAACAAUGUCUGUAAAGUCGGAGGUGAGAGAACAAGGCUUUCUCCUCAUCACGCCGUCUCGAUAUCUCCGCGUCUAUUCAACAGCCUCAUGAGGGGAUUGUAUUACAAUGAAUGUGCUCAUUAAGAUGAGGAAAUAUGACUGAACAUUUGGAGGUGACUCCACAUUUUACAAUCUCCAAUCUGCUCAUUUAGGUUGUGUGAAGUGUUCUUAGGGUCAGAGGAAAGAGUCUCGCUCUUCGACUCCACACAGUGUUAGUCACACGACCCGAAGCAUGUCGGCUCUCAUGGGAAGGCUUUGGAAACAGUUGAGCAGUCUAAACCAGUGAUUCUUAACCAUGGGCAGCGAGCGCCACCUAGAGGGCCGCAAAAAAUGUUCAGUUUUGGACCUAUGGGCUGCAAGGGCGAGUGGGCCGCACCUAUGGGACUGCAUAGGUUAUCAAUUGACCAGACAGAUAUUACUGUUAUCCAUGAGAUGCUCAGUUACAAUACCUCUUCCCACCACUUGGUGUCGGUAAUCCGUCAGUCAGUUGUGUAACAAGUUCCAAUAAGCAGAAGAAGACACACAGCCAGCCGCUAGCUUGUAGUGAAAGUUCUGGAGAAGUAUUUGAAACUGAAAAAUUAAGACGAAAGUGGUGCCAAACGCCCCCAAAAGUAUUAAGUAUGGCUUUGUGAACGGAGGUAACAUAAUUUAAUUGAUCUAAUUUCCUAAUUUUCUCAUCAGUUUUUUUUGAGUCACUUCUUUUUUGCUGUAGUAAAAUCUAAUUAUUAGUUUUUUUUGCGUUAAUAAGCUUGAUCUGUUCCAUGAAUUGUUAGCCUGUUCAGCGUCUUGUUGUAUGUGCAGGUUUACAUACACAUGAUAAAUGAAAUCUUUGUGAUGA